CCCUGAGAGAUAUUCUGGCUCCUUUAGAAAAAUGUUCCAAAGGGUUGUUUCUCGUCAGUCAAUUAUUUGAUGAUAGUCAUUUGAAAUUCACCCUAAGGGACCUCUUAUCUGCCCUGCAAGGUUUCCUUAAAUUCGAUCCCAACAUAGGCUUACCUGGUACGCUAAGUUCGGAGCGAGUUUGAAACCGAUUGGCUUCUUUCGAAUGAUCAACUUCCGCAGGGCCAUUGAGGCCCUUCCGUCGUGCUGGUAUCAAUAAACUUCGUGUACUUCUUGCAGAAAGUAACUAAGGAAAUGCAUUUCUAGGCAACUUUAACCCCAUCCGCACUAGCAUCGUGCUUCAACAACCAUGCGAACUUUUCUUUCAGCCACGGGAUAGUAUUUUCGCGUCCAUCAAAUUAGCACACGUUAUUCUGCGCUAAGUCUGAAGAACCCACGUUGGGCGCUUAACAAUUUUCCCCAUUUCUCCGUGAGAUAGGUAGCGUUGCGAUCAUAUGUGAGCCGGCUAGAAUCGCCCCACAUAUGAGCACAUAUACAACACAAUCGCUCGCAUAUCGUUCAACUGCGGCUUCUCAGGCAACACAGAAAACUUUUUUGAAAACAUACAAACCUACAGAUGGAAGAACACACACAUUUCUACACAUCUACCUCGCGAUCGCGGGCAAUGCGCAUUAUCAACAAUAUGAGUACGUAGAAUAUGUGCGAUCGCAGAAAACUUCAAGACCUCGCGCGGUCGUCUUCGCACAUUUUCUUGGCUCAUCGUCUCUCCAUACUUCGUAUAGCUUUUCACUUAUUACUAAGUUGAUAAUAAAUAAAAUAAAAUUUGCGAGCACCCGCACGUAGCUUAUAUAUUGAUGUAUAAAUGAAGAUGUGUUUGUGUUUUCAAUAAAAUUUAAAACAAAAAAAAAUAAAUUUUUCCGAAAUAUCGGAAGAAAAAAUAUCGAGAAAAAUACAAAAAAAUCUGAAAAUUAAAAAUAAAUCAGAGAAAAAAAUGUCCAUGGAGUGUUGGGAGCUCACAGUUUGAAUUCAUGAAUAAUCCAAGUCUUUGUCGUGAAAACUUCUGGGUAGUGCGUCGCUAAGAAAUAUUCCGAGUGAAAAAAGGCCGGUACGAUUCUGAGUUGCAACCUUUCCGGAAAGUCGUCUGAAACGUCUACGGGUCGUGAGUGUUUGCUGAAAUUUCGUACACGUUGUGAGCGAGUGGGCAAGACAGGCCGGCAUGCCCAAACAUCGACGCAGGAAGAACCAGCGGCGUCUCGAUAGUAAGAGCAUCAAAAAUAGCCAAUUGAAAAACCAACAGCUAAAACAAUUGCAUCGAGAUGAGCAAGCCGCAGGCGAUAUCGAACAAAAAGACAGAAAAGAUUCACAGAAUGAAGACUGUCUCGAAGAAAGAUACUCUGAGGAGGAAGUAGAGGCGCCUGCAGAUGUAUCCAAUACUUCAUGUUCCCCAGCAGAUAAGUGCGGUAAUGAGAAUCUUACGAUCGACGCGGCGACUGCUGAAAUAUCUGGAACGGAGCCAACUGAAAUUCAGACAUUAGCGGAUCCUGAUGUUGCUGGCGGCGAAUGCUGUCAGCAACAUCAACUUACAUCGAGCGCUGAAAGCACUUGUGCGAUCAGUGAGGACAUUAUUGAUGAUCAAAAAUCAUCUUGUCCAUAUUUUUCAGAUACACAAGCGGAUGACCAAGUAAGCACAACGGAUUCGACCCAGUCGGUUAUUAGUGCGGCUGGUCAACCUUCCGCAAACAAUUUACCCUCGCCGGUUUCGUCGGAAAACGUGGAAACGGAAAUCCCAAACGCUACCGUUGAUCUCGACCCUGCUGUCACCGGGACGGCGCCUAGUGAUGAUCUAAGUACAUUGGACUUAAGCUCAACAAUACGGGAACCACGAUCACAUUCGUUCUCGGAAUCUGCAGAUACAUCUACAUUGAAAGACGAGAGCGGCACUGGGGGCGGAUCAAAUGCGGGAGAUCCAACAGCGCAAUCACCACAACCGUCGCCGGAUAACGAGAUUAGCGACAAUCAAACUGCAACAACUUGUGAUAUAACGGCAACAACAACAACGACGUCAACACUAACAACGACCACGGCAACAACGAAAGCUUUAACUGGAAUCAACGAUCAACUUAUCUGUGAUAAUGCAAGUGAGACUAAAAUAGAUCAAACAAUUGCUACUUCUAGGGAAGAUAAACACGUCGGUGAAAAUAUUGAAGAAAUGUAUUCUCCAUCAGGUUCAGAAGCAGAAUGCAACCAGGAGUUCAGCCAUUUAGAAACCAAUCAAUCCGCUGUCGCAUCAGCUCCAGCUAGGAACGUGCCAACUCUGUCGGAUGCUGUAUCGGUAAUAUCCAACAAAAUUGCAAUGUUAUGUGAUGAAAUUACCUCCGCAGUCAGUCAACCUAAAAACGAUGAAACCGAUAGCAAACCCGUUAUUAUGGAAGAAGCAAAAGUAUCUUGUGAAGUAAACGAGCAGCUUUCGGAAGCUAAAGAUAAAGUUGAAUCUAGCCCUAGUCCUAAUGUCAUCUCUGACAGUUCUAAGUCCCAAGCAGGUCCUAUCGACGAACAUCAAAGGGUGUUAGACAAUCCCAAUGCCACCCCUGUCGAUACUAUUGACACAGAAAUCAUCAAAAGCAUUUCAGCCGAUUCAAUUACGGAUCAAAUGAACAUCGAUGCCCAAGACAUUCCUGCGGAAUUGAUGAAAAACGUAAAAGCUCCAACCCGUCAUCCGAUUGUUCAGGAAGUAAUCACCAUCCUCUAUCCAUCCCGUGUCGAGUCUCCCAAACCAUUGCGACCAAAGCGAGCUGCCUAUCCUUUGACUAAAAGCAAAAGUCUCGAUGAUGACGACAUUAUGAUUCAAGAGAUGAACGAUGCCAGUUCAAUGGGCGACAUAAACGAGAAUCAACCCAUGAUAUCUGAAGCGUCAGAAUCUGGGACAGAUACAGAUACGGCGCCAACAGAAUUUGAAGAAAAGCUUGAUCCUCGUAUACUCAGUAUUCAGACAUUGCCGCUUGAAAGCUCUCUACAAGAUCAUAUUGAAAAUAAUGGUUCACAACAACAACCAACCGGUGAAGCUGCACAUGAUAAAAAAGGAGGCGAUUCUCAGGACACGAAAGCACGACGAGCUCGAAAUCGUGCUGCUUUGGAAAUGCAUUUCUUUCCUCAAUUUCUCAAUCCAAGAUAUUUGGAUAGCAUUAAGGAAGAGAAUAGUGACACUAGCGAUUUAGACAGCAAGUCACCUGUACGCGAGCGUUCUUCUUCAUCUUUGGGAGAUUUGGAGGACGAUGUUUUUUCAGCGCAUGCUUCAAAUGGAAGGCGUUCUUCGGCUCCAGCAACACCCACAACUCCUUCUACUCCAAAAGCGGAUACCGUAUUUCCAAAAAGCCAUCUUGACUUUUCACACAUGCGAAAGCAUGGUCCUAGCCUACGAUCGCCGCAAACCAGCGUGAUCCGGGAGGAAUCUCCCUGUUACGUGGUCGAAACUAAGAUCAUCGAACCACCAGAAGCGGUCGAAGAACGAUGCUCUGAAUGGACAACGAAGCAUGUUGCAACCAGCACUGAAGGUGCUGAAGUAGUUUACAUUGACUCUGCUUCUAGCAGUUCUUCCGAUCUAAUGGAGCUAGACUAUACCGAUAGCACGGUCCCAGGCGAUACUACGGAAGAUGAAUCCAGUGAAACCAUUCACAUUGAAACACCAACAAUUGAGGAAAAUGAGGACGCCGCUAAUAUUUUUGGCGACCUGGAAAAAACUCCAACAAGGGAAAUACCAGAUACAAUUCCAGAAACAUCCAGAGAAGUUCGACAUUUCACAACGGUAACGUCUGUGCAAAAAAGUAUCACCAUCCAAAAGAAGGAACACAGUGAACGCUUCUUCAACAAUCAGGAACUAAACCAAAAUGCGCCGCAAAAUCCGCUCUCUACAGAUCAUGAAAAACAAGAUAAUCAUCAACAACCUGUUAAUGAUUAUACAAUUCAAAACGAACCAGAUACUGCUACAAUACAUUUCCCGAAAUUCCCCGAAAGCUCUUCCGCGCAAAAUGAUGGCGUGACGUCGGAUGAUCCAUCUCUGAGUAGAGAAAGACUUUCAUGCAUCUCAAAUGCCGGUCAAAGUGCAGUUGAACGCGAGACAUUGGUCAACAACAAUACCAGUUCGACUUCAGGUGAACAACAAUCAACGAUACAAAGGCCUGACUUUAAAAUUGGUGAACCGUGUUCUAAUAAUAUGUUUGCCACGUUUCUAAAUUCCCUUAUUGGCAGUAAUAGUACUAAUAGUGAAGAUCCCUCCCAAACCUCCUCAUCCGCUGAAGCUAAUAAACAAGUGACCGGUGAAACAAGUAACGAUCGUGGUGAAUUAGUUCGUCAAGACUCAUCAGGAAGUCAUUGUUCGGGCCAAAGUCAAACCACUGUUAUAAAUAGGGGUCCCCCGUCGCAAACUGAUCUUGCUGAUUUUGAUAUCGGACCUUGUGUUUCAGGAUCGUCUAACGAGUUUGCCGGCACGGAAUAUACAUACCGAACAGUCUUCACCUAUUCCCCCAAGGGCCUGCGUCAGUUAUGUUUGGAGCUGCUCGCCUCCAUGCCCUACGGUAAUAUCGUGCUGGAAGAGUUAGCAUCAGUGUCCGAAUCGAUCAAUGAUCUGACGCAAGUACAUCAGAAGUUCCAAGAAUUGAAAAUCAAAAAUACACAAGGCAGUGAAGACAUGCCCUACCCGCUUCCAGAACUACCAAAAAUUAGUGAUUUGGUUGUUCCGAAUCGUCCAGAUGUUCCAUCCCACGUUAAAUUAAUGGCGGCUCCGCCAACUAAACUGCAAUCACCACCACCACCUCCUGUUCCAGAUCGUCCCAAAAUGGAGGAAGCUUGGCUAGGAGUACCCACCGAUCAAGACCCCAGUGUCCUUGUAUGCCUCUCGCCUGCCCAGCGAGAUUAUAUAAAUAACAGUACACAGAGCCAGAAAUCUAGGCCAGAUCCAACUCCAGAUAACCUACUCGACAUGCAUCGGAAAUUCGUGGAACGUCGUGGAUAUCACGAGCUUCCCUCACAGCUGGUCGAUAAAAUUGAUCGCGGAAAAUCAUCGACGGAAAAACUCGAUCAGGUUGUGUCAUCGACGCAAUUAAGAAAAAGCACAUCCCCGCCACCAAUUCCACCUCCACCUGCAGCUGAUUUAUUAAAGGAAUAUGACGAAACUCAGACCAAGGCGAAUGUGAACUCUACGGCAACACAACAAUCCGAAAGUGAUUCUAUUGCUCGUGGUAACGAUCGUUCUGCCGAUGGUGAUUUGGCCGACAAGAAUAACCACAGAUUGUUGGCAAUAAUCCGAGACUCUCAGCAAGCCUUGAGCAGUGACAAACAAACAAUCCAAGAGAAAGUAGAACACCAAACAAUCGUCAACAAGUCACAACGUACAUCGCAUACCCAAACUCAAACCGGUCCAGGACCCGAAAUUACCCCAAGAUCCUCAGACAUAAAAGAUCGUCAACCACCGGAAGUACCGCCUAGGUUUUCGACAAGUGAUUCCCGAUCUCACGAAACAGCUGCUUCUACUCCCAGAUCGAACCCUCCGAGCGAAAUGUCAUCCACAACCAGUACUAACUUCAGUAACAACCCCUGGUGUGAUCCUUUCGAUUUUGGCUCAACCGAUCCGCGAAAACGUUUCUCAAAUAUUGAACUAAAGUCGCCGUUCUGUACGCAGUUGAUGCAGACGCAGCCCAAGCGGUAUUCAAACAUCGAAACCACAACGACCACAUCGAAGAAGCGCAUCGAGAAUGGAAAUGUGAUCUACGACGUAUCAGACACAAGUAAGGAAAAAAUCACUAGUGGUGAUGAUCAAUUAGAUUCAAAAUUUCUGAAUGGUGAACGUGAUAUCCGGGAAAAGUUUGCGUCAGAUCUCAAGUUCGGAACAGCCGGGAGCGAUCAUAAGACUACCCCAUCAGCACAACAGCAGCCUUCAACUGAUGCCGGGAAAACAGAUCGGAAAACUUAUGAACAGACUAGUGAGCAGCAUGAGUCUCGGGAGGAGCAGCAUCACUCCACGAAAAGUUUCAGCCAAUUUUUCGAAAAUAGACCAAAAUUCAGCGAUGAGACAUCAGCAUCGAAGGAGAAGAAAGAUGAUCACUUCGCAUAUGAUGAAUUUCGGCGACGUGCCAAAGAAUCCGCUGCGGAGCGAGCAAAAAGUGAAUUUCUUGAGCGCCAGAAUUAUUUACUCAAGGAUUUCGAUGAACUCACUAAAUUGAUAAAUGAAGAUCUGUUUCAUAGCGAUGCGGAAUCGAAAGUAUCGAAAAUGUCGACAACAACUACGUCUACAAGGGCGGAAACUGCGGAUAAGACUAAAUUUACUGAUACCUCGGAAACUACACGUGGAAGUGUGCCGACCUUUGCUGAUUCCGGUCCGAAAAUUCCACCAACAGGUGGAGUUCGCGUCUUCAAUGUUCCUAUCAAUGUCACUGGAGACACAAAAAAGACGGAAGAACACUUUGAAAGCAAGACUCACUCUGAGACUAAAGAACAUAAAGUGUAUAAUAUACCGAUUCAGGUGGAAGGUUCUGAGAAGAAAAAUGAGAUGCCAACGCGAGAUCAGCCACAGAGGUCGUCUGAAUUUCCACGGAGCGAUCAGUCGAAGAAGGAAGAUGUUCCUAGAGUCCGAACUGUCCCAAUACAAAUUGAAGGCUCCCGGAAGCAAGUGCCUUCAAGUAUGCCUGGUUCGCUAAGCUCCACUCCAACUGGCCAAUCGCGUCAUCAAAGGGAACGCCACUUAAGCGAAAGGCGUCUCAGUUCACAGAAUCUUGAUGAGUGGAUGCGUUACAUUGACGACCUUGGAGCAUCGUCAGAGAAUAUUACGAAACCACUCCAAAAGGAAGUGGGUCUAUGUGCCUUUGGACGCCGCGCGAAUAUCCGAGCACCCAGAAUCACUUCAGAACCAGGCAGUAACCUCACUUCUAGGCUCAGUCAAUCAACAAGCAAUCUUUCUACAAUAGGAACAAGCCGGGAUCAUUUCUUUUCUAGUCAUCAGUUCGGCAGAACUAACUCAUUAAUAGAUACCACACCAAUUUCCCCAUUUGUGACUCCUAGAAAUGUGAGGCGAUCGUCACUACCAAGGGAACUCAGUGACUCCCAAUUUGAAUACAUCCGGCAAAAGGAAGCAGAGUUGCGAGAAGAAUUUGACAAGCUGGAAAGUGAUCGUAGACGUCUCAUGGAAGAAAUGGAUCAAGCACACUUCAAGAAUCGUCUUCGCAAGGACGUUCUGCAUCAUCGCUCCUGCCGUUUGCCCACUCUAUCCGAGGACGAAGCAUUCCGGCAACAGAUGCAUGACGAAUGGCUCGAUAAAGUUGCUGAACGAGAGGAACGCCGGCUUCACAAAAUAGUUAAAAUCUCAAACACUUCAGAUGACAUAGCACCCGAAGUUCCUUCCCGAAAUAUGAAGAAAGCAGCAUCAACCACAAACAUUAGCGAUGAGUUUCUUAGGCGUGUCAAGGAGCGUCGUUCUAAACUGUGUUUACCGUCCGACAGUGAUUGGGAGAGUGGUGCCGAAUCACAGCCGGCUCCCAAACGCGAAAAGGAUACAACACCACCACAAGUGAAAGUGAUUGAAGGACAAAGUGAACGUGAUUUUAAGAACCUUCCGCCGCAUUUAAGAGAAUUCGCGGAAAUAACUAAUCAAAUAAUUCAACAGCAUUAUCAUGACCAGGAGACAUCCUCCACAGAGCAGAGAACAACCAAGACUACAUCAGGCAGCGAUGUGGUGAAGGAAGAGGGAUCUCAUCAAACUACGUCAGGAAGUAAACCUGAACCCAAGAAGCUUACCACAAUCUUACGUACUAAUAAGGGAGACGAUAAGAAAGGCAACAAAACAGAAACACGGAAGAAGGAGACCCGCUUUAAACUAACCCCUGACCGUCGAAGCUGGUCCGAAAGCGAUCUAUUACGGGAGAUUGAUAAUGCCUUGACCUUAUCUAAAGGCUUUCUUUACGGUCGGGGCGUGUGGUCACCAAAUAGAACCGAAACCUCAACAACAACCAGGAGUACUACUACGCAUUCAACAUCAUCCAGCCAACAAGGACCACCACCACCUCCUCCGCCACCAGUUUGGAGUCCACAAGCAUCUCCAACGCCCAAUCGCAAGGAGUUUCGCCCAGUGAAGUUCGAGUCACCUGUUCUUCCGCGCAAAUACACGACUCAGCGUCAUCACUCCGGCCCCGUGACUCCACCUUGGAAUAGCGACGACUCAAAACCUCUAUACAACACUCAGUCAUCGAGUUGUUCGAAUCUGUCUAGGGAUUGUUACACAACCUCACAGCCUCAGCAGCAAUACCAACAUAAUCUGCGUAAAUCGGAAAGUGUUGGAGGCAACUUGGCACCACGGCCUUCAGGCGCCUCCUAUACUGAAACAAAUCGCCCGCAAAUUCCAAAGGACCAGACACCGGCGUUUGUGAGGCCAAAUGAAGUUAUUUAUCAACUCAAAAACGAGUACAUGAGCGAACCCGAAAGUGAAAACGACCGACCCAAAAAGAUGGCACAGUUGGCCCGUCGACAAUUCGACGGGAUUGGGCCAACAACAAAAGAUGGAAUGCCAAUCGUACUGAGAUCGGAAGUCAAAGAAAAUAAUCAGCACCAGUGGUAUAAGAGGAUGUAUAACACACUGCACAAGGCCAAACCUCAUGAUGAAUGUGUGACAAUCCGGUAUAAAACCCAUCGAGGUCGCUACCCAUACAAAUCGAACGGAUAUAUGUCUGAGCCAGAACCCAACUACGAUUCAGAUUACUCAACAAUGAAAUACCAUACAUUGGAUCGAAGACGUAUCCCAUCAACUGGAAGUUAUCAGGAAGAGAGAACUUACGGUACAAUGCCAAAUCCUGUUCGUUCUAGUACGGGAUCCUAUAAAAAUCAACCAGGAAGGAUAGAAAAUUAUGUUCCUGGCCACUCAUCUGUUUCCGACAAGGAGAAGAAAGAGUGGUGGGACGAAGUGAUGGACAUUUUCGACGGGCACUUGGAGCAACAGAAACUCUCAAACAACUACACCGAAGGAUAUUUGUCGAGAGCACUCAAGGAGGAUGCUUACGAUAGUGAUUCAAACUUGAUUUUCCGUAAGAGGCAGGAAUCUCACUUCGCUCCGCUCAGUCCAAUCGAACAAAAGCAGGCUUACCGUAGCGUGCAAGCGGGUGGUGAACCCCCAUUGCAAGGCUUUAGAAAAUCAGCUCCGGAGAAACCAAAAGAUGAUCAGGAAAUUGAAUACUAUCCUAUCACUCCAACGUUAACCAAAAUUCGUGUUCAUACCAGUUCCGAAAAGCAAAAACUACCUAUUCCUCCACCACAACAAGAAAUAAUUUGCUACCCCAUAACAAACAUUUCGCGUCCGCUCGAUUUAUUUGCGCCAUUCCCGAAAAACGUGCCAUCAUUUAUACCAGUUAACCCACCUCCUCCACCGUGCCGAAAGUCUUCACGAUCAAGUACUUCCUUGAAAGUAGUUUCGUCUCACUACUCCACUAGUUCCGGUGCUGGCACAUCAGCUAAGCCCAUUGACGCGCGUCAUGAAGCCUGCUUCCGAUCAGACUACUACCAAAAGGAAUCACCUAGCAACAAGUUUGGAACUUUGACAAUUAAAAAACAUGUCAAGCAUGAGCCAAUAGUUCGCUCGAAAUCAACGGGAGCAGUUAGGUCAUCCAGUCGUCUAUCAACGGUUGUAAAAGAAGAGAAAAGACCAACAGGAAGCACUCGCAUCUCUCGGAAACAAUUGGUUCGAGUACGUUCUGUAAGUCCAGCCAGACUAAUAACGCGAACUACUGAUCUGAGAAAAUCUAGUCCAAGUCCUGUCGCCUUCGGUCGAAGUAUCUCGAAGGAACGGAUGUUUGCUGAGGAAAGGAAAAGACUUGAGCAAUCACUACCUUUAACUAGAAAAAGCUUCACUGCCAGCACGAACAUACUCAAAGAUCCUGCACUUAAAUCUGCCGAGGAAGUAAAAAAAGCUGUUCGUACCUCGUAUACAUUGGCAAAAGGAGGGAAGACCAUUCCAACUUCAUCUAGGACAGCUUCUUUUGUUGGUAGCGUUACAAAAAGAAAUAUCGGACUUGGCAAAAAGGAAGAGGAAAACAUGAGAGUAUCAAUUUCAUCAUCAUCAAGAGGGCAUGAAUCAAGGAAAGACACCGCAAGAGUUCCAUUAGUAACCAGAGCCUCACUCCAUGCUACACAAACCUCUGAGAAGAAAACGCCAAAACAAUCCACGAAAACCAGUUCAACUCUUAGCCUAGCUCGAACAAGCUCCACUUUUUCCGUUGAUUCGUCAGGCUCCCGCAAGAAAGACUCAAAGAAACCAUUGACAAUAACAAGAUCAGCCUCCCGAGACGCGGCAACACCUCGCACUAUCUCCGGGCGAUCUAAGCCAAAAACAAAGCCUCCACCGAAGGAAAUUGUGGCUUCUAGUAAGCUCUAUAAACGUAUCGAGGCUGAAAGAAAAGACGGAGGACGCGUUGAAGCUGAACUUAAACGAGAACUCAAUAAUUCUAUUGUUGAGCAUCAUGAAGCCGUGCGUUCUGAUAAUUUUUUUCAAAACCUUUUUCUCAGAGAUGUUUCCCCUGGGACAUCACUGACUGAAAAUGAGGCACAGCAAUCUUAUUCAGUUUUAGAGAAGGCACACUAUUGGAAUACCCUCUCAGCAAGGUCUGAACCGUCUUUGCGCCGGACAAGUGUCUACCUCUCUCAAAGAAAGCCAGUGAGUGAUUCAAAAUUUCUAACUAUGGAGAGUAAACACAUUCACAAGUCUCGAAGUUUGAGCCCGUCAUACAGAAGGUCAAGUUCUGGUGGGCGUGUUCUGGAGCAAGUUUCAAAGUUUGAUUCCAUUUACCAAAUGAGCGAUGAUGAUGAGUCUGAAUUUGGGGACUCUAGACCUGGCAAAAUGGAAGAGCUAAUCUACAAAUAUGAACAAAGGAGUAGUAGCGAACCCCGUACUAGAACUUACCUGACAGAAGUUAUUGCACCAAAUUCGCCCACAGUUAUACAUGGGCGUCAAACUCUCGAAUACUCGCGUUCUGUGUCCCCAGUAACACGGGAGAUUAUAAGACCACCUACACGUGAGGUUCGCUCGCCAUCUCGCAGAAGAAUUGAUAGCUUGCGAGAGAGUCAACGUGCUGAAACAAGAAGAGUUAUUAGAGCCAGUAGCUUAAGCAGCGCUGAUGAUCGGCCUCGUCAUAGGAUUUACGCAAACAGUGAAUUAUCUCACAGUACUGGAUCCCUGAAUGUAAUUGAAAGACACGCAGCGAUAUGCCGACACCGCGCGUCUCAUAGAUUUAAAGACUUAAAUCGCUUCUAUAGAAAUUUGGAACGUGUUGGGCAGUUAGAGAGAGCAACGUCAUCUACGGACCUACAUCCGAUACGUAGAGAAGGGGAGCUCAUUGAUUUUGAUGUUUGGAAAAAAGUGAGAGCACAUGAAAAAGCAGAGAAAGAGUUGACCCACUUGGUAGAUAAACUAAAAGUAGAUCAACGCGAAAAAGAUUUGUUUUUUCGUCCAAAGGAUAUAGCUGAUGUCAAAUGGAAUAAGAGAGCAGAUAGCGGGUUAAGAUGUAAGGAAAAAUCAGUUGAAGAUCUCAAAGAAGCCUUUGAGCGUAAGGCACACGGAGAGGAGUUCGAAGAAAUCAGGCAAUCUGAAAUUUCCUCAUCAAAAGAUAUUUACAAGCCAUACUGGCGUGGGAGCUCAGUUGUAGAUUCAGCAUCAAGCAUGACCGUCAAAUACAAUACACAACCGAAAGCCGCGACCAGAAGGCGAGAUGACCCCCGGCUUUUUUUAAGCAAUAAUUUAAUCAGUACAUUGUCUAAGGAUCAAGUAACUAAGAUCAAAAGCCAGCUUAGCGAGAUAUAUAGCAGUUCACCUGGUCCAUCCCCAAAAGGAAAAUGUGAAGUGAAGGAGGACUACAUCAUAACUGUCGAAGAACCUUCAAAAAGUAAAGUCGAUUCUCUGAAGGUACGUUGUAAUUCUUCGAUAUCCAAGGAAGAGCUCCUUGGACCAAUACUCAGGAAAAAAGAGGCACAAAUUCGAUCCAUGCGAAGUGAGUCCUUAGAGAGACGGCCUUCUCCGCCACGUCCGCCAGCCCAAAGUCGGACCUUUGAACGAAUUUCCCGAGAAGUUAGCACGCGCAGUGGACCCGAGUUAUCGGAAGUUGAAAAGAAGCGUCUGUCAUUCACUAUCAGCCGCGAACUGCAAGAUAAAGUUCUGGAGCAUAAAAAUCGCAACUUGUCUCCUUCUCUACUAGCUCGUGAGACUAGAGGAGCGGUAGCUGCAGAAAAUGCCAAGAAAUCCCUGCCUGAUCCCAAUGCAGUCAGGGAGUUCAUUUCUAUUGAACAAGUGUCUCAAAAACAAAGCCAGCCUCAAGGCGGUUUAUCAGAAGAACGCAAAACAAUUCGUGUAAGAAGAUCUUCUGGAGGUGAAUCUGAGUCGAAUACUUCAGAUAUUUCAAAAACUACAGUUAUAUACAAGGGGAAGCAAACCGAUGGAAUUCUGCCUAAAAUCAAAUAUUUCGAAGAGAAGAAAGAGGAAGAGCCACCAAAAACAAUAUAUCAUGCUCGCGAGUACUCAUCACCUGAUGAAGAAGAGGUUCUUAAAGCGAUUGAGGAAAAGAUGAAAGCUCGCGAAAGGGAAGGCCGAGAGAAGCUUAUCAGAAAACAUACCGAACUCAGCUCGUCAGCUUCGGAUUUUAGGGAACUUUUUGGAGAACGUUCUUCAAAUUUUCCCGUACCGCCUCCACCACCACCCCCAGAUGAAAAGCACGAACAACCGCAUUCCCUCGACAGGCCACCGUAUCGUUCUUCAUCUCUCUCCCUCUCAAAUGGCUCCAGUUUUGAAUCUCUUUUUCGGUCACGUAGUGUUUCUCCAACCAGUCGAACUUAUUACAGAAGCUACUUGAACGCCAUUCGUACGGGUGAUGUACGUAAGAUGGCUGACAAGUUCGAAACACUUAACAUGCCACCACGGAGGAAUUUUUUUGAAUUGGGCCCUCCAAGACGAAUACGCAGUGAUCCUGAGCUAAAUAGUCAUGUCUGUAAGGAGGGCAAGUCGAAACUACAUAAAAUAACUGUUCGUGACCAUGAAUCUGGAGAUGUUUCCUGGAUUACUCAUAAGUUCGAAAUGAAGAAUAGCGCAACACGAGGUCGAAGUCGAGUUCGAAAAACUACUUCCCCAAUCCCACGCAAUCCUCUUCGAAAGGAAGACCGAUUGAUGCCUCAUAUUGAUAUUAUUAGCAAAACAGCCUUGUUGAAGGAGGAAAUGAUCAAAACUAGGAGUCCACCUAGAACAUCUACCACCACAUUUAUUCAGUCCGGAGAAGUUGAACGCAUACGCAAUAAAUUCGAAUCCCCUGAAAGAACCUCCCUUCUGGGCCAGAUGUACACUUCCAGUCCUGAUAUUAGUCAACUCAGAGACAUUUCGUCCUAUUUGAAUGCCAGUUGGAUUGCCCAUAAGUAUCCAAGGAGACGAGACAAUGCACGUUCACCGAUUUUCCCGGAGCAGGGUCCUGAAAGUAUAGAAGUCAAACGUCGCGCCAUCCCACCGCGUCCAAGUUCAACAUCUCCUCCUCGAGCAAAGUCCUUGGUUACUUCUAUCUUAAAACCAUACUACGAUGUGUUCGCUGAUCAGAAAUUUGACCCGUUGAUUCACCGACCGAUUUCGCGAUAUGUUCCUGGCGAGAGGACUGAUGAUGUAUGGAAUAAAGUACGCAAUGGAUUGAAGAAAUACGGAACGUCGUCGGCCGUUACAUUCGAAGAAAAUGAUGUAAUCCUACCACCACCACCUCCACCACCGCCAAUGAAAAAUAUCCCAAUGAAUCUAAAUUUUGAAAGUGGCUAUAACUAUCACGAAGAAUCUCCUCGCCGUUACGUUGAAGGCGAUGUAAAUAUCCAUUACAAGAGUCCCAUCCGGUAUGAGUUCAAAGACGCUAUACCAGAAGAGGAGCUUGCCCGCAAACAGGCCGAGUCUAUGAAGAAACUUUACCAGGAGGAACGUCGUCGCAAAUAUCUACAGGAACUCGAAGAUAUGAACAAUCGUCGACACACCGACAACUUUAUACCAUCACAAAAAUCGCCAAUUCCGCUAAAUCGUUACGACGAUUUUCCCACGGAUGUCUCACCCAAGUCGCCUGCAUCCGCAUCCUCGUCCUCGAACUUUUCACGAACCAUAGCACGAGCUCUAUACAACUUCCAAGGACAAUCGGCCAGGGAACUGAGCUUUAAGAAAGGCGACGUAAUUUACAUAAGACGACAAAUCGACAAGAAUUGGUACGAGGGUGAACACAACGCCAUGGUCGGACUUUUGCCUGUCAAUUAUGUCGAGAUCAUAACCAAGGAUGGCAGCAGACCAGCACCACAGAAGAAACCGUCCGAGGGUCAGGCGCGUGCCAAAUAUAAUUUCCAGGCACAAUCGGCUCUUGAACUGUCCCUGAACAAGGGUGAACUCGUCACGCUGACCAGACGCGUCGACGCAAAUUGGUUUGAAGGAAAAAUAGCUAAUCGGAAGGGAAUCUUCCCUGUGACUUAUGUUGAUGUUUUAACUGAUAUUGGUGCUGAUGAUUCCGGCCGUUCAACCGUCAGUUUUGGAAACUCCGGAUCGAACAAGCCAACUGGAAAUGCGUCAUCACGUACACUAAUCACAACAAAUAAUAUUUCACCCACAUUGGAUCAAUUGCGCACAAGUCUGAAUAAUGAAUUUAACCACGUAACAAAUGGCGGACAACACCCUAAUGGUAUGCUGCGUGAAACCAAAACUACACAUAAAACAGAAGUGUUACAUGUCGACACGAACUCAGAACCGAUAGCAUAUCGCGCCAUCUACAAAUACAGUCCACAAAAUACGGACGAACUUGAGUUGUUUGAAGGUGAUAUUGUUUACGUAUUGGAGAAAUGCGACGAUGGUUGGUUCGUAGGAACGUCUCAACGGACAGGCCAAUUUGGCACUUUCCCCGGGAACUACGUUGAACGGGCUUAGAAAAACUCGAAGCCUUCAUAAAAUGUACAAACGACCAAAAGUCCAGAAACGUAAAUUUUGGUAGAAAGAAAAUUUGAGAAAAUAUCAGUCACAGAAAGUUUCUUGUUUCAUUGUUGAGCCUGUAUACCAUUGUUGAAUUUAUUGAAAUAAUCUAAUGUAAUUAUAAUUUUUUAUGAGCCCUUAUGAUUUCGCCUCUUAAGUUAUUUAUGUCGUCUAAUUAUUUACAAGAAAAAAAUCCAAAAAUAUAUCUAAUAUAGUGAGAGUAUAAUGAAUGGAACUCAAAAUGAUUAUUUAUUUAUUGUUUUUUUUAAUGGUUAAUCCACUGUUCACUCCGUUUGAAGUUGAAAACGGAGAGUAAAAAAACAAAGAAAAAAACUCGGAGAUAUUAACGACAGCCUGUUAAUGAAUUUUAUGGAAGAAUUUCAAUUUUACGCAGUUGGAAUAGUACUAAAGAUUGAAACGCACAAAAAUACAAAAAAAAAAAAUAUUAAAUAAAUUCGAAAAUAGAUUAUCUGAAAAGUUUUUAAUACAAAACCUCACCUCGAAAUCGUCGAAUUUCGUAGGAAAUUCGCCUUUCGCCAGUUACCAAAAUGCUAUAAAAUUCGAGUUCUUUGCAGUUGGAAAUUUUCAGAAAGAACCAAGAGCAAAUGCAGAUUAGAUAAAAACAUCAAAUUCAAAAUAAAAAAAAUGCUAAAUUUAAACAUUACUAGUCAUAACGAUUUCCAAAAAUUAAUUAUAAAACAACACAAAAAAAGAAACAAACCAUCAAGAAUAUUCCGCUGAGAAAAUGCUUGACCGGAAGCUGUUAUCGUAAUUGUAUAAAAGUUACUUAAAUGAUAGAGAAAUGAGUAGAGGAUCAUAGUUAAAAGUAUGUAAACUCUUGCCUUGAUCGCGAGCGACAGCUUGCCUGAAAUAAAGAAAACCCUAUCGCAUGUCUUCUUGUUAAAAA